GCAGUGGAUGAAUUUACGACUCAAUGCGAUCAAGGAGAUGAAUAACCAGUAUAAGAGUAGUUGUCAGCUUUGUAAUGCGGGGUAUGUUAUCGGAAGGCGCCUGAAUAUAUAUCUCCAACAUACGCAAUCCAGAUACACAUAUAUAUUUAAAUUAUAAAAUGACAGCAAACAUCCUCCUCGUCGGCUCCGGCGGAGUAGGCACCAUCGCAGCGCUCAAUCUCGAAGCAGGCGGACUCGCCUCAGUGACUGCAGUGCUGCGCAGUAAUUAUAGCAAAGUCACCACCGACGGCUUCCACAUCAAGUCCAUCGACCACGGCGAGAUUACGCACUGGAGGCCGUCUGAAAUAUUGAAUAAAAUCCCCCACUACAGCAACAAGCAUUUUGAUUAUAUCGUCGUAACAACAAAAAACAUCGCCGAUACAACCCCCACAACAGCAGAGCUUAUUGCCCCCGCUGUAACGCCAGGAAAGACAGUUAUAGUACUGAUUCAAAACGGUCUGAAUAUUGAGAAGCCGCUGUUCGAGAUAUUCCCGCAGAAUGUCGUCCUUUCUGGUGUCUCUCGCGUGGACUCGCACGAGAUUGCCUCGGGUGUUAUCGAGCAGGUCGACCAUGACCGGUUGAUAAUCGGGGCGUUUAGAAAUCCAACGCCAAAUCUGAACAUCGAGUCUGGUGUUGAUAAUGAGACAGAUGCAGACGCAGCAGCGCGCCAUUUCGUACAGAUAUACAGCGCAGCAGGUAAGACGGACUGCAGGUAUGUACCAGCGGAAGAGGUCCCCUUCUACCGAUGGCAGAAACUCGUCUACAAUGCAUGCAUGAACACCAUCUGCGCUAUAACAGGUCUCGACACGGGACGGAUUCAGUUGGCAGAAGGCGCCGUGGAAAAUCUUGUCAGGCCGGCUAUGAAUGAGAUUGUGGCUGCUGCUGCUGCAGUGGGCGUGCGGCUUCCGGCAGAUAUUGUGGAUAAGAUGAUUGCCAUUGAUCCUGUUACUGCUUAUUUGAGGCCGAGUAUGUUGGAGGAUGUGGGAAGGGGAAAUCUGACUGAGUUUGAGAAUAUCCUGGGAGAGCCGUUGCGAGAGGGUACAGCGCGGGGCGUGAGUAUGCCCACGGCCACCUUCCUAUAUCAUACUCUCAAGGCCAUUCAGUGGAGGGUCAAGGAGGAGAAGGGGAUGGUUACAAUCCCGUCGAGGAAUGUUUAGUAGUUUAACUGCUGAAAAUCCGUUGAAUCUGGCAUAGAUGUAUAGAUCCUAAGGUAUCUCAUUAAAUCACCUUCCAUGGUCCUCGGGGUAGUCAUGGGCCUACCACCUCCAAUCAUGGCAAUAUGGGAUGAAGCAGCGCCCAUCGGCCCUGAAAGAGCCUAACAAC